AUGGCAGGUCCUCCUGAAAUUCCAGGAUUAUACUAUGAUCCAGACAAAAGGAAAUACUUCAAAAUCGUGAAUGGGGACCAGAGGCAUAAUCUGAAUUAUUCUAAUAACACAAUCAGAUCCAGAAGAAGAGCCAUCGAGUUUGAAGAACGAAUCCGAUCACCAGAGACGGAGUAUGAGCAGUGUCUAUCAAAACUCAGCAAAAACGCAAAGCGACUCAAAACAUGCCCAUUGGAACAUACACUAAAUGAUAUGCUUGGCGAAGGAAGUCCUUCGGGGUAUCUUUCUCCUGCUUUUAUCUUGAACCAGUUGCAAAGUUUCACCUUCAGGUCGGGCUUUCAAGCCUUGUGCAUGAUAGACGAUGACCAUAUUCUUACGCUAAGAUAUCAAAUACAUUUCAUGGUUUUCAACACUGCAGAAUUUUGUGAUGCUGGUAUUAAAGCAAUACCACAGCAUUCAAAAUACUCGACUCUUCUUCCUGCUCCACCCAAAUAUAUCGAAUCAUCAGAGGACUGGACCUUUGCUCGGUGUAAGAAUGGGUCCCAGUAUCUUUUGCGCUGGGUUAAGAAAGGUGACAGAUGGGGUGUAGAGAACCACACAGAAACAUAUCUUCAGAAACUUCGCCUUGCUGCAGGUGAUAUCCUAUCACCAAAUACGGAAACAUAUGCAAAACCUCACGAAGGAAAACUCUAUAUUCUCACUGAAAAUCGAUGGAUGAUUGUUAUGAGCCUCAUCGAUUUUUCCUACGAGCUCACUCUUUUGACUAGAGUGGAUACCCCAAUACCUCAAGGGACAAUUUUGAACGUAACCGGAUGUGUUUGGUACUUCAGUGUGGGCAAGACCGUGUAUGUGGGCCGAUCUAACAGGGACAAGAUACUCAAAUGGAAGUUUCAAGACCACGUCAUCAAAAUUUUGGUGGACGAGCUGAAGGUUCACGACAGCCAAGCCACGUCUAGCUAUUACACCUUUGUAAUUAUUACAAACAAGGAGAUAAUCACACGAACAAUUGAGUUAGGUACAAUGGAUAUUUCUUCUGAAGACUCUCCCAUCUCCAUUCACAACAACAAUCAAUCGUGCCCGAUGAUAGUGAUGCUAGGUCCUCAGAUAUUGAUUCAAGAGUCACCUCGGAUUUUCAAGCUAGUGGACUUGAAUAUGAAUACGGAAGAAGACAUUGAGGUUCCGGGUCUUGCUUCUUGGGAGACAGACUCUUUGGGAUCUAUCGUUCGAGUCCUCCAGCUGAAAAAGAAAUAUGUGGUAGCUGUUGGCAGUCUGGUUUUUAUCCAGUCCAAACCUACUACAAGAUUAAAUGUAACAUAG